GAAUGUAGUCAAGGGGGGGGUUUUCAUCUUCUUUCACCAGCCAUGUCAUUUAAACAUGGCGGAAGAUCAUGCAAUCAGGGAAGAGGCGGCAGGAUAUCGUCAUUUAUUGGAUAUAAAUUGGGCUGAAGUGGCCGACAACUUGAUAAAAAGCCGACUGCUUCUCACAGCUUUAGAGCUGCACACAGAACUCUUGGAGAAUGGUCGUGAGGUGCCAGCUCUUCGGGACUUCUUUUCAAAUCCAGGAAAUUUUGAAGUUGAAAGCGUUCGCGCACCGUCUCCUAUCUCGUUGCCUUUAGGUAGAACAUCAAGCAAUCUAACUCUUGACAGUAUUGAUGACUUCACACGUUAUUCCGAUGAUGGUUUGAUUGACAGGGGAGACGACAAAGUAGCAGUUUUGCAGUUCGAGUUACGUAAAGCUCAUGAGACGAUUAAAUCUUUGCGAGGAAGUUUGACAGUUGCGACAGAGCAAGAAGCUCCACAAAUAUCUCAGAAGGAUCCCAGUGAAACUGGCUCCCUGAGUGAGGAAACCAUCAAACCUCACGAAAAGCGGGCGUUGAACUUCCUGGUGAAUGAGUACCUGCUACAGAAUGGAUACAGGCUGACCUCUGUCACUUUGUCAGAUGAGAAUGAGGACCAGGAUUUUGACGAUUGGGACGACGUUGGUUUGAACAUUCCGCAACCUCCAAAUCUGCUUCGACUCUAUCGUGACUUUGACAAGCAUGCGAUGCCCAUGGCCGCCAGCACCUUGGCAAAGACCGAAGAGGAGAAUGCUCAGUUGCAAGAGAACAUUAAGAAAUUGAACGAACAAGUCGAGUUGGUCAGCAAAGAGAAUGAAAAAAACAAGGAAAAUUGCAGAAUUGUUGAAGAGCAGAUCAGCAGUUUGACAGAAGAGAAGGCUGAUCUUCUGACACAAAUCGCCAAUCUCACUGAAGAGCUGGCACAGACCACGCAGCGAUUAUCAACAACAGACAACGCAGAUCAAGACGUUUCGUCUGCGGAGGUUGAAGCGAGCUCAACGCCCGACAUUUCCCAAACCGCGAACGGUGACCGCGAUAAUAAAUGCAACGAUAGUGGGCUGGGAUUAUCUGAGUCGCUUCAAAAUGGUCCGCGGUUGACCCCCGCUGAAGAAAAUUGCGUGGACAAUGAUAGAAAUGACGUCAUACCAGCACAGGUUCCUAUUAGCCAAACCGAGACUCCCAAACCGAUUUCAAGAAGUGAAAGUGUUGUUCUGAGUCAAAGAAAAAUAUGUCCGAUUUUGAAACAAGCUUUACUCAACAUCGCUCAAGUUCAACAUGACAGUAGAGUCAGUAAUGAGGUGACAAGACUGGCGGAGACUGAAGAAAGCGCCGUCCUGGUUUUAGCACGAUGCCUUCCACAUAUCGUACCGAAUGUUUUGCUCAACAAACGAGAGGAGUUGCUGCCGUUGAUCUUGUGCACCGCCAUUCAUCAUCCUGAGGAGAAAGAAAGAGAUAAACUUCUUCAUGCUUUAGUAAACCUCAUCAAAAGACCUGAUGCUGAUCAAAGACGUAUGAUAAUCACUGGUUGUUCCGCUUUUGCUCAUGUGGUGGGACACAUGCGCACUGAAGCUGAACUCCUUCCCCAGCUUUGGGAACAGAUCAGUCACAAGUAUCCAGAGAGACGGCAACUUGUCGCCGAGGCUUGUGGAACACUCUCGCAGUAUUUACCUAUCGAGAUCGUCAGCUCUCUCUUGCUUUCGAUGCUGAAACAAAUGUUCGCAGAGGAUCGCAACGAUACCGUGCGAGCGACGGUCAUCAAGAGCCUAGCACUGGUUCUGAUGAUUGUUGAAUCAUCAACGAAAUACAAAGAGACAGAACAGUUGCUGGUUCAAGCGUUAUGUGAUAAUUCUGAGGAAGUACGAGAGGCGACUCUCAAUGUUUUGCUACCGUCAAUUCUGGCCUGGGCACACGAGCUGGAUAAAUUACAAUCAGAUUUAUUAGAACUAAUUUUACAACAAUUAGAAUUGACGUUGUUGGAUUUUCUUCAUAUCGAAGAAUCCAAGAAUGACGAGGAGACUGAGCUUGAAUCAACGAUGCAAGUUAUUAGUUCCAGACUUCUUCUCUAUGUCCGCGCACUGACUAACUCCGUACCAGCAUUGAUGACUGACGUUCUCAGCAGAGCUCCAUUUCGAACGGAAUGCGAUGCUUCAGAGCAAGAAACUGCACUAUCAGAUGAUCGUAUCAACCAUUCAGAUUCUCCGCUGACUGAUAUGACGAUAUUGUUUGCGGGCGCUGGUCGCCUUGCCGUCUUCCUGGAGUAUUUUGACCGCUGGCUCGAGAAGGAGGAGACGCAGACGUUCUGGGAAUCAUUGGCUUGGAUUGGAAAUAAAUUUAUGGCGAGGAUCUACUCGUUCUUAGGUCGAAUCCAUCAUGCGCAAGUGGACUGGAUCGAUGGAUUUUCGGAAUUUUUUCAAAGCAUGUGUCACGUAUUCGGUCACGUGUAUACUGUAAAUAGGGUGAAACCUUUUUUUGAAAAUGAACUCAAAUGUAUAUUUGAAGAGGACGAGGCUUUCAGUGAGGAAGAGAAACAACAGGUUAUUUCAAGCGCGAUUAUUCCCGUGUAUAUUCUUGGUGUUUUGACAUCGUAUUCAAAAGAAGAGGAUCAAGAAAAUUUGAAGUCGUUUAUGAAUGACACGCUCACGUCGUUUGCAUCUCAGAAAAGAGACCAGCAUUCGUUGUAUUUGGUUUGUGAGAAAUUGAGUUCAAAUGAAAUCUGGUGUGAGGUUCUCUUUGAAACACUCUGGGGUCUUCUUACACAUUCUGAGCCGAGCGUGAGAUCUGUUGUUCCCUACUUACUGCAGACAAUGAUAAAAAAUUUGAACAAAACCUCGAUUAUGAAACGCGUGCUACCGGCCCUCGUUACUUUGUCCACGGAUAAUGACAAAUCAGUUCGUAUCUCAACUGUUCCAGCAUUUGGGUCAAUCGUGGAGCACAUCAGCGAUGACGAGAUGCUGGAGAAGAUUCACAUUCAGUUCCAGUCAUUUCUCAGUGAUCCGUCAUAUUACGAUCAACACGAGCUACAGGUAGCCCUAAUACGAACAUUUGGAAAAAUUGGACCACAUUCAGAGCCUCGAUUCAGGGAUGAUUUUCUUCAUCCGAAACUGACAGAACUCGUAUUGAGAAAUGGCAAUACUGAGGACGAGGCGAAGAAAACAGAACUCGCUGUAACUUUGCUUGAAGCCUACGCAUCCCUCACAUGCUGUUUUAUUCCUGAAGAUAUCUUACGUAAUAACACUCUUCCUGGCCUCGUUUAUUUGAAACAAGAUCUUGAGACACUCGCACCUGAGUAUGAGGAGACGGUCAGUUUGCUGAUGAAGGACUGCGAGGAUAAACUGGUCAACCAAAAGACCACAGGGCCAAGCCCAACCACAUCUAAAGUCCACGAGGACGUCAAACGCGCCAUCCUGAACAAAUUUCAUAGACUUAAAGAAGUUUCACCAAAACCUAAGAUGGUGGAUAUUUUUAGGAGAAAGAAUCGCUCCGAUUCUUAGAAAAGAAUCGCACUGAUUCUUUGAAAUCAAAAAUUGAAAUAAUUGUUGUCUCAGCUGCAGUUUAACUGUUCAAGAAUAUAUCUCGGAGGGCAAAUUUGAAACGCACCUGCGCUCCCGCUGAUUAUUUUUCAAUUAUAUUCGUGAUAGAAUUUUAAAGGUUCGGACGGUGCUACAUGCAUGGAGCAUGCGCGAAUUACGUUUCUUGAGAAAUUCAUCUAUUUAUGAAUGUCUGCCAAUAGACGUCAAGAUUUUACGUGAUAUUAUUUUCGUUUUUCAAUGAAAUGAGAGCAAAUCAGAAAAUUUAGAGUUUUUUUGUAAUUAAAAAUAUGAAUAGAUAGGUAUGCAAUAUUAUAACAUUCAUAAUUAGCUGAAAAUGAAAGACUCGCUUAUAAUUGGUGGUAUGUAUAAUUGUACUGUCAAGUUACUACGAUGUAGUACAAUUUUUAGAAUAAUGACUUUGAUGUUCAAAUUGUUUCUGUCGCAAAUUUAGUCCAGAAUUCAGAGUGUCAGA